AAGAUUUCUGAAUUCCCUCAUCGAGCUGAGAGAGCAAGCCCGAGCCGCGAUGGAUUUCAUCAAGCUCCGCUGGAAGAAAACUCACCUCGCGCUAGGGAUUUGUCUCAUUUUCGGCUUCAUGCUGUUCUACAGCAGGGUAUCUCAGGACCCGAGUCUCAUAAGGAGAGCCGGGUUCGAGCAGAACAGCAAUUCAUCCUUGAUCUCCGCUCCAGGGCUGCUCCUAAAAACUUCGACUUGUAAUAUCCCUGACUUUGAUCCCUGGGACAGCCUGGUUUGGAAGAUGUUUCUGAAUCACAAAGUAAAACAUUGUCCUAAAGCUUCCCCUUUCUUCAUCGAGGCCGUGGUGAAGGGCUCUCACGCAGUGCCUCAUUUAUCUGAAGAUGUACUAUGGAAGUUCUACAGAUUGAAGAAAGAGAAUCUACGUUGUGUAUAUAAAUCGGUUGUGAGGGAAGAUACUGCGAUUGUGCGAGACAACGAGUUCCGUCUCCAGGAGGGUAGAGACCUUGUAUUCGAUGAGCGAGUGGAUUCUGAGUAUCUAUGGAUAGAAUGCUUUCGGUACGCAUUCCGUGAUACAUUUUACGAGCAACCAUUAUUACUCGCUCAUGCGAAGAACAAGAGCCGUAAGCCCGAUGAGUCGAUGCCGAACGUCUUAGUUCUGGGCCUUGAUUCAGUGUCUAGAUUGAAUUUCCAUAGGCUUAUGCCUAAAACCAGAGACUUCCUCUUGAAGGAGCGACGAAACACUACAGUAGAACUCCUCGGAUAUAACAAGGUCGGUUUGAAUUCUGGUCCGAAUCAAAUACCUUUACUGACGGGCAAACGAUUCAGGCCGAAGGGGCUAUAUGAAACUGUGCGCAAUGGUUACGUCGAUAACAUGACCGCCUACUUAUGGCAAGAUUAUCAGCGAGCGGGGUAUUCGACCUUAUUUCUGGAGGAACAGUGGAACUACGGCUUGUUUGUUUGGCCUGAGCUCCAUGGUUUUCUUCGUGUGCCCACCGAUUACUGGCCCCGGCCCAUAAUGCAAGCGAUCGAUAGAAGCCCGUUGAAAGCAAAGCUCGGCUCAAACAUUUGUAUUGGACCGAGACUUGCGGCGGCAACCUACCUCGACUACCUGUCGGAUCUUUUCCGCCUCUCGCCGUCCGAGCAUUUAUGGCUUUACGCCUGGUUCAGUGAGCUGUCGCACGAUGACCUCAAGGGAGCUGAGAGAGCGGAUGAGUCUUUCUACAAUUUCUUCAAGGAGCUGGCGAGGGACGGGCACAUGGAUAACACAGUCAUAUUUUUCCUAGCUGAUCAUGGUUUCCGGUUUGGAAACCUACGCCAUUUCCCUCUCGGUCGAUACGAAGAUCAAUUACCUUUCGGGUUCGUUCUACUGCCCGAAAGACUCAUGCGCACCGACUCCAUCAGGACGAACCUCGACGCGAAUAGCCAAAAGCUGGUCACUGUUUACGAUCUGUAUAAAACUAUGCGGGAUUUGGUGCUGCCCGAACCGAGCUCAACCGACAAAGUUGCAUAUAAUAUUUUUACCGAAGUGAUACCCUCCGACCGCACAUGCGCGGAAGCGCAGAUUGAUUUAGAGUAUUGUUCCUGUUACCACACGAUCACAAAUGAGCCGCUGGAUCCGGCGCUGAAGCUCAGACUGGGUAAUGUUCUCGUAUCGAAGUUGAAUAAUGAGCUAGAUCGGAAUAAUGAUACGAGAUGCAGGCGAUGGAAGUUGAAGUCUGUCGAUGAGGCUUCGCUCCUCUUCGAGAAGUCGGUCCCACAGAACGCGUUCCGUGUGGCGGUGACAACAGACCCACCCGCGAAUUUCGAAGCAUGUGUCCAUCAGCUCGAAGAUGGUAGCUUAUUGCUACAAUCCAAUCCGGACCGCACGGAUUAUUACAGCGAACAUGCGCGUUGCGUCAUGCCCUCACCAUACGAGCGGUUCUGCUUUUGUAAGUAAGUUCCUCCGACCUGUAUGAGGUGGUAUUGAAACCCUCGCGGGCAUGCGACGCGGUUAAAAUCGGCUUUCCGGGGCACGACAAACCAGAGUACCA